CUAGAGGUCAAGGGUCACCAGGCGGGCCAGGUCCCGGAAGCGGAAGCGCUGUGCACUUCCGGCGCGCAGCAGGCGGCCAUGUUGGAACGGCGGAGGCGGCGCAGAGGUGCGUCCUGGGUCCCCGCGGCGGCGCCGGUGCCAAGUGCUGGUUUGUGGAUCCCCAGGCAGCUCUGCAGUGCCUAAUGCCAUGAGCAUGGUGGUGCAGCAUGUUGAGGAGAAGGCUGUGCACUCGUGGUCACGCAUCUCCACGGCAGGGAAGAAAGCCCUGGAAGAGGCCCUCCUUGUGUUUAAUCCCAUGAGCCAGGAUCUCAGUGCCACAGAGGCCCAGCUUGUGGCCUUCCUCCAGGGCCUUCGAGACGAUGGCUUCCAACCGACCAUCCUGCGAAGUGGUGAUGUCUAUGGCUAUAGUUCAUGCACAGCCAACCCCCCCAGCCAGACAAAGCUACAAGCUCGUGUCACCAACACAUCUGCCACAUCACUUACAGCCAGGGCUCCCAAAACUGCUGUGCCGCUGCCUGCAGGCCCGGCCACACUGCUCCCUGUGCCACUGUCUGGCAGGCUGGCCAAGGGGUCCACACCAGCCCUUGCCAAGCAUGCUACCACUAACCUGCUGCUCAGCUCCCUGAAACAGUCAAAUGCCAGCGACAGCAGUGGUACAACAGUGGGCUUCCCUGCCCAUCUCUAUCCGGGCGUCUACCCUGCCAUGCGGCUCUCUGUGGUCCUGGAAGCGCUAGUCCCCCUCAAGACUUCUUGCUUGGGUGCUAAGCACAGAGCACAGUCACUGCAGCUGUCACUUGCAAACUGUCCCCUGAAACCAAGAAAAGGUUCAGGGAACUCACAGUCCAAAGCACCCAGAAAAAUCACAAGCAAGGGCCUCAAAUGCCUGGCUGGCAAAGGCCCUGGGGCUGGUCCCCGACGAGGUGCUGGGACCCCGAGCAGUGGCCCUCGAAUGAAAGGGUCAUCUGCCUUGGGCAUCAAAAUGAUCAAGGCCAAGGCAUCUCGAACACUGACCGAAACAGCUCGUGCCCAUACCAGUAUAGCUCGAACCCAGACCAAGACAGUAAGGGUGAGGGCCAAGGCAACACAGGCCAAGCCCAGGGCAGCCGGAACCAAAGCCAAGGCCACUGUAGUGAGGGCCAAGGCUAAAGCCAAGGUAGUCCAGGCCAAGAACAAAGCAGCUCGGGACAAGCAUAAGGGAAGGCCAAAGGGAUCUGUUCAGUCCAGAACUGGAAGGGCAGGCCAGAAAAACUGCUCUGAGACUGUGGGGCAGAAGAGGAAGAAAGCUGAGGAGGCCAAGGUUCUUCCUCCUAAGAAGAGAGCACGCCUUGUGCUCCAGUCUUCCAAGGCAUGGCUGGGGCCUGGAACAAGAAAGCUUCACAAGUCCCAUACCAUUAAGGUAGACAGGAAGUUCUCAGAUGAUGAGGUUCGGCAGUGGGCCCAGCAGAUCCUCCGUGUGAAUCUGUCUCCAGUGGUAUGGCUCCAGCCAUUGCUGCCAUCUUGAGUCCAUGCGCAACACCCUGAGCCCUUGCAGCAGCGCUUGGGAAAACAGCUGAGCUGUCCUUGUGGCCAACAACGCAGUGUGCCAUGCUCAUGAACUCUGCAGCUUCCUGGACUCUGCGUACCUCUAGGACCCUUGUGGUCACCAGCCUCCUUUCAGAAACUGAGGAUUUGGGAUGGGGUGGGUUCUGGGAGGGGUGUUCUCAUGGCUCAAAGCACUGUGACUUGUUCUUCAGAUUGUAUGUCCACUGUUCCAUCUAUCAUGUUUUAUACCUUUCCACCUUCCGGUCUCCCUGCUCACCCUCCAUGGUCUUAGUUGAUUAAUUUUGUCGUGUGGGGGCUGAUGGCUGGAGCAUACCAGAAGUGGCCCUAAGGAGCAGGCUUGGAGAGAGUGCCCUGGUAGCUUGAAGCAGGUCAUGAAUUUAAAUGAGAAGGUGAUGCUCCCAGGCUCCUGGAGAGAUGGGGGUGGGGACUUCAGGUGCUGGUUUCUGUGAAUGUGAGGGGAGUCACUGUGAGGUAGGACACCUCUCCUCUAGUCCUAGUUUUGAAGCAGAUGGGCAUCGGUCAAAAUUGUGUGCAGCUCAGUGGGAAAUCCUGCACUAAGCAGGUUUUGAGGCCAGGAAAGAAGCCUUUGUGAUACUGCUCUCCGGGGGCCAACUUUAAGGAUUUGCCUGGGCUUGUCCUGGGGGGAGGGAUGUGCUUAAAAGGCUUGAAGUGCCGCUUCUCUGCUGAAAGUGACGAGCCUCCAUUUUCCCAAUUGUUGACCAGAGGCUGGGCUUUGAAUCUGGACAACAAACCCUGCCCUUACUAUCCAGAGAAUUUCCUCUGAGGUAGCUGGUGGCACAUCCAGAAAGGCUUCUACCUGUACCUCAGCAGCACCUUCUGACUGGAUACCACAUGCUCCAUCUUACUCAAGGGCCCAACCUCACCAUGUCCCCUCACAUGGCCUGUGUGCUUUGGACACUGUUGGUGCCUUCUGCUUUAGGGAAGAUGCUGGGCCCACCUCUAGUGUACUGUAGCUGCUCAGACUAGGAGUGCCUGGGAGGUAGAGAACCCCUAAUCCUUGCACUUGGGAUUUGAGUGUGAGUUUGAGGUCAGCAUCAGCUACAGAGUGAGACUCUCUGGGUGUUUGUUUUUUGAGACAGGGUGUCUCUGUGUAGACCGGGCUGGCCUCAAACUGCCACUGCCUCCCAAGUGCUGGGAUUAGAGGCGUGUUCCACCAGACCAAGCCAGGGUAAUGGAGAGAUGGCUUAGUGGUUAAGAGGACUUUGCCACUUUUCCAGAGGACCCAGGUUUGAAUGGCAGUUCACAGAUACCUGGAUCCAGCUACAGGGAUCCCAUACACUCUUCUGGUUUCAUGGUCGCAGGCAGGCACACACGCGCACACGCUCGAGCAGGGCAACAGCGCAGCUGAUUAAGCAUCAGUUCUGUGAGAAAAGGCUAUGUUGAGAAUCUUGAACUUCAGUGAUACUGCUAAGAAAGGAAUUGUGUGAAAUCCCUUAAAUAAAAACUUACAGGCCAGGCUGGAGAGGUGGCAACCGGUGCUCUUAAAUAAGACCUGGGUUCAAUUUCCGGGGCCUGCAUGGCAGAUUACAGCUGCCUGUAAUUCCAGUCCUAGAGGAUCUGACACCCCCAUGUGGCUUCACUAGGUAGGUCGUGGUGCAGAGACACAUGCAGGUAAAACACCUAUACACACACAAAUAAGAUAAACUUACUGGCUUUGCAACAAGAACAAUAUUAAUAACAGAGUGGGCUGGAAGAUGGCUUAGAUAAGGUGCUUUUUGUGCAAGUAUGAAAACCUAAGUUCAGAUUCCCAGAACUCAAGUAAAAGCUAGACAUGUGCCUGUAAUAGCACUAAGACAGGUCCUAGGUCUCACUGACCAGCCAGUCUGGCCAACGUGAUAAAGUCAAGGUCCAGUGAAAGACCAAGUAUCCAGGAAUUAGAUGGAGGCUAAAGAUGGCUCAGUGGUUGACACUGUGUACUGUUCUCACACACAAAUAGAGGCCUGACUUUGGUUCCCAGUUUUCACUUUAGUUGUCUCACAACCACCUGUAACUCCAGCUCCAGGGGAUCUGAUUCCCUCUGUCCUCUGUCGUCACCUACAUUAAAUAAUUUAUCUCAAUAUCUCUGGCGGGGUAUGGCACCACAGACCUUUCAUUCCAGUACUCAGGAAACUAGAGACUGGAAGAUCUGAGUUCAAGGCCAACAUGGUCUACUUGGGAGAGUUCCAGAAUAGCUGGAGCUAUGAAGAGACUGUUAGAAAAGAACAAACAAAAACAAAACAAUUUUUGCUUCUCUCACUAUGUAGCCUUGAACUCCUACAGACGACCUGGCCUGGCCUCCCAAGUUCUGGGAUUAAAGGCAUGUACCACCAUGUCCAAAACAGAUAACUUUAAAAACAUAAGAUUGGGAACUAGAGGGAUGGCUCAGCUAAGAGCGUUUGCUGCUGUUGCAAAGGACCAGAGUUAGAUUCCCAGCAUCCCCAGGAAUCACACAACCCCGUGUGAUUCCAGUUCCAGCAGAUCCGAUGCCCUUUGCUGGCCUCCAAGGGCGCUGCAUGCAUGUGGUAGAUACCAUACAUACAAGCAAAACACUCACGAGCAAAUGCAAAUCUGAAAAAUAAGAUGGGGAGAAAUAAGGAAGCAGUUGAGGAAGACGGCCUGUCAUCAGCUCCUGGCCUUCACGUGCACCUGCACGGGCAAGAAUGCCUGCAUGCCAUGCCCCUGCAUGCAUGAAUACACAAGUCAGAAAAUGGAGGAGGGGGAGGGGGCAUGCCGAGCCACAUGUUGCUGCGUGUAAUCCCAGAACUAGGGUGGCUCAAGCAAAAGAAUCUCAAGUUUGAGGCUGCCUUGGGCUACACAGGAUGUCUCAGGAAAAAAAAAAACAAUCAGUAAAAGGGCGGGUGGAGGGGGUCAUCCUUUCCACCAAGCGAUCAUGCUACCCUCAUCUUAAUGUGUGCCCUUCCCACUUGAGGUGAGGCGAUGGUUCUGUCCAGACCCUUCUGCUUUGAACCAGGAGCAAAUCACUUAGGACACUUGGGGUCUGGAGAAUAAAGAGGUACACCGGGCCUCUGCAGAGCACCAUCUUUCUGGAUUCUGCUUCUGGUGCUUUGCCCUACCUCUUGUGGAGGCAGAUUACUGCAGGACAGGGUCUAUGCAGCGAAGCAGUAAGGAAAGCAGGAGAGCACAGGUCUGGAAUCGUACUGACACCUACCAGUGCAGAAUGCAGGAAGCAUAGUGUGUAGAAAGGGUGAAAAAAAAAAAAGGGUGAAAAGUGAGAAUAAGGUAGGGGCCCUGGGUUUACCCACAGAAGACCUCAACCAUGGAAAAUAUUUGAGCAGGGGAAUGAUAACUAAAUGGAUUGUUUGGAAGGAAAGGGUGUUGAUUUAAAUGGUUCUGAGUGAGAGCUGGCAUUGUCUGAAAUAAACUUGGACCUUUGGCGA